GGUAUGGGUCUCUAAUUACCCGAAGCCGGUACCCGGAUAAAAUAAAAACUUCACCAGUUUCAGCCCUUAUCUCUACGGCAUCAGUCGUUCACCCAACCCUUCACUUCAGUUGACUUACACAAGGGACAUUUGCAGAGGUGGUUUAAGGGCUGUGAGGGACAUUUAAUUUGAAAAGACAUUUGUCAGGAGAUAGUUUGUUAUAGUUUUAGAUUAUGAAACAUUUAAAACAAAAUUAUUUGAAACGUUCCAGCCCGCUUUCCUAUUAGCUCCCACUAUUAACUUGGCUGAUAAGUGGUGAACUGUAAAAGAGUUUUACAGUAGCGCCGCAUGAAAAGAUUGACUUGACGCGACAGACCUGUAAUCUGUUGACACAAGCAGGCAUAUAAAAAUGUUCCAAACUAUUUUCUCCCUGUAUGUUGGUUUAUUUAUCGUUGGCACUCAGACGCAGCUGACCUCUGGUGAGUAAACAUUCACAUCGCGAUUCGUCCUAUCUCUGGUGAGUAAACAUUCACAUCGCGAUUCGUCCUAUCUCUGGUGAGUAAAUAUUCACAUCGCGAUUCGUCCUAUCUCUGGUGAGUAAAUAUUCACAUCGCGAUUCGUCCUAUCUCUGGUGAGUAAACAUUCACAUCGCGAUUCGUCCUAUCUCUGGUGAGUAAAUAUUCACAUCGCGAUUCGUCCUAUCUCUGGUGAGUAAAUAUUCACAUCGCGAUUCGUCCUAUCUCUGGUGAGUAAACAUUCACAUCGCGACUCGUCCUAUCUCUGGUGAGUAAAUAUUCACAUCGCGAUUCGUCCUAUCUCUGGUGAGUAAAUAUUCACAUCGCGAUUCGUCCUAUCUCUGGUGAGUAAACAUUCACAUCGCGACUCGUCCUAUCUCUGGUGAGUAAAUAUUCACAUCGCGACUCGUCCUAUCUCUGGUGAAUAUUCACAUCGUGUUUAGUCUAAUCUCUGAUGGGUGAAUAUUCACAUCUUGUUUAACCUGAUCUCCGAUGUGUGAAUAUUCACAUCGUGAUUAGUCUAAUCUCUGAUGUGUGAAUAUUCACAUCGUGAUUCGUCUGAUCUCUGAUGUGUGAAAGCUCACAUCGUGUUUAGUCUAAUCUCUGAUGUGUGAAUAUUCACAUCGUGUUUAGUCUGACUUCUGAUGUGAAAAUGUUAAUUUUUUGUCUAUAGAUUUCUUUUAAUUGUAGACAAAUAUGUUAAACAUUUUAAUGCAUACCUCAUCUAUAACCAAAGCUCAGGCAAAAUUUGUUUAUGAACUUCUUUUGUAGCACUUAACCGCCAUCAAAUUGCUUUAAAUCCUAAUAGCGAUCGCUAGCAAACUGAUAAUAUACCAUAUCAAGUUCAUCUCUCUCUCUCUCUCUCUCUCUCUCUCUCUCUCUCUCUCUCUAUCCUUCUCUCUCUCUCUCUCUCUCUCUCUCUCUCUCUCUCUCUCUCUCUCUCUCUCUCUCUCUCUCUCUCUCUCUCUCUCUCUCUCUCUCUCUCUCUCUCUCUCUCUCUCUCUCUAUGUCUUGCAUUCUUGACUCAUUAUAUUGCAUUCUUAAAAGAUUCGAACUUUCGGACACUCCAUACUGUCGUCUACUCCACUAUCUGGUGUAAUCUCAUAUGACAUAACUAAUGAUUAUCUAUGACUGACGUGACUGGUUCCACCUCUGACUGGCGUGUCUGGCUCCAUCUCUGACUGACCUGUCUGGUUCCAUCUCUGACUGACCUGUCUGGUUCCACCUCUGACUGACCUCUCUGGUUCCAUUUCUGACUGACGUGUCUGGUUCCAUCUCUGACUGACCUGUCUGGUUCCAUCUCUGACUGACCUCUCUGGUUCCAUCUCUGACUGACCUGUCUGGUUCCAUCUUUGACUGACCUGUCUGGUUCCACCUCUGACUGACCUCUCUGGUUCCAUUUCUGACUGACGUGUCCGGUUCCAUCUCUGACUGACCUGUCUGGUUCCACCUCUGACUGACCUCUCUGGUUCCAUUCCUGACUGACGUGUCUGGUUCCACCUCUGACUCACCUGUCUGGUUUCGUGACUAUUUCUCAAGCCGCCUAAUUCCGCCCAGGAAAAGCUCAACCACCUUGAAGUCUUUGGCGUGUUUGCCUGGUUUAAACUACUAAAAAGCCCUUCAUUAGCCCUCAACUUAAAGUCAUUGGAUCUAAAUUUGUUGCAGCGCCCUCUCGAUUUUAAACAUUUCCCGUAACGACCCCCUUUCACCCCCACACCAAAACCACCUAACCAUUUCAAAUUAUCGUAAUAAAAUUAAUAGAUUGUAAAAUAAUUCAGAUAUUGUAGUUUUCAUUAUUAAAUUAAUGUGUUAGAAAGAACAGCAACAAAAAAUUGAAGAAUUUUUUUUGUUAAUGCACCAGCACAAAUUGUGUGCCAACAAAAUUCACCACAAAAACAUCAGCUGCUGCCAAUCAGUGUUCAAAUAAAACCUGAUUCUUUAAAAAAAAGAGGCAUCAACAACUGGCAAUGGAAGAUCAUAAAUAUAUACAGGUCUUACCGCCCCCCCCCCGUUCUGCCACACGCACGCCUAUGUGGGAGCGCACUCUACAGUAUUAGACGACACUGUCUUGGUGUAUAAUUAAAUAUGCACAUCCAUAGAUUAUUGUCUAGGUUUGCUUGAAAUUCAUGUGUGGGUGAGCAGCAAGACCUUGAUAUUUAAUUGAAGUUAUCAACAACUUGAUAGUAAUACAUUGUAUCGAUUUGUAGAGUUUUACAGUAACCGUCUCUGAGAACAAUGAAACGAAUGGCCUGGUCAUCAGAUACACGUGUGUCAAAAUGGCACAGCUACACAACAAGGUGUCAAGUAUACAAAUGAGAUGUGACACACAGGUGGCAUUUGCAAUCACACUUUCUCCACACAUGUGUCACCCCGACUGCUAGGAUUAAAUUACACAUGUGUUACCCCGACUGUAAAUGGGGACAUCAUGAUUCACAUAUGGCGUCCCUGGGUUUUCCUCUUAUCACAAUUUAAGACACAUCAAGUGAUUACUUCAAUGCAAAUAAGACAGUUAUAAACACGUCAUCAAACUCCUGAGUAUUCACUGAAUACUUAGUUAAGCCAAGUGAAAAAAAAACAACACACCAUACAACCCACUUCAUUUUAAGAAAAAAAAUUGUCACGAAUUUGAUGACGUAAGUUUAAAACAUCUUCUCUGGUGCUGCAUUUAAUUUAUGUGACCAUCGAAUAGAUUUAUUCUUCGCCUGGAAAAAAAUCCAAACUUUCUAAAGCCCUUUCUAAGAAAAAUGUGCACACAUUGCUUUGUGUUUAAUGACAUUUUUUAACAUAUCUUUUUUCACUUUAAAAAAAAUUAAUUAAUUAUACAAUUAAUUAUUAAUUAUUAAUUAUAUAAAUCAAUAGAUUGAUUUUGUAUUCUUGACGGAGGCGUAAUUUUUUUUCUCCAGGAGCGUGUCCUACAAUCAUCACCCGGGCAGAAUGGGGCGCCAGGGCACCGAAAAGCGUGACCUAUUUAUCGAAACAGCCAGUUCAGUAUGCGUUCAUCCACCAUUCGGCAGAACAUGAGUGUUUCGACAGGUCAUCCUGUGUUGCUGAGGUCAAGCUCUACCAGAACAUGCACAUGGAUGACCGAGGUAUUCUGGGAAACAGGAGGCUAGUUACUCAUCACGUGGUAGAACCGCAGGGUCUUUUAAUUGGUUUCAUUUUUCAGCCGACGCACCUGCUCAUUUCCUCUUGAUCAUAAAGAUUGAAUCAACUCGGCAGAACAUUAUGCAAUAUGGGCGAGGCGGUUGUCUUACAAUUAAACAUGAUGGAAAAAAACUUGUAAACCAACUUCUUGAUUGAAAAACUGCCACUGUCAUUAUCAUUGUCACUGUCAUUGUUGCUGUCAUUUGUUCAAUAGAAACGAUAAGAAAAACUAUUUUGUUCGAUAAAUAUAAAAAUUUAAAAAGUUGUGCUACACAUCAUGUAUGUGCAUUGAUGGUGAAACUUUUUGUAACUUUUAUUGUUACGUGUAUUAUUGUUGCUUGUUUGCUUAUAUAAUUGGUACUUGUGGAGUUGUAAAAUAUGUCUCUUCUUCUUCUUCUUCUUCGUAUGCCUUUUAUCCCGUCUGAAACAUAGGCCGUCCGCAAGAAUUUUCUUUUCAUCACGGUCCUGUGCUUUACUUUCCAGUUGCUUCCAAGUGUGUCCCAUACUUUGCGUGUCUGACUCUAGCUCGCAUCUCCAUGGACUCUUUGGCCUUCAUCAGUACUUGUAUAUUAAUUGCUACUUGUAUACGUAUAUACUUGGUACUUGUAUAGCUGUUAAGUUAAUUAAUGAACACUAUAACAAUGCCCCCAGGCUGGGAUGACAUCGGUUACAGCUUCGUGAUUGGUGGUGACGGUUCUGUGUACGAGGGGCGCGGCUGGGACCAGCUUGGUGCUCACACACUGGGCUACAAUGACGUUGGCUUAGGUAAGGAAGGCUUGGGAGUGUCGUCAUAGAACUAAAACCAUUGAUUUUAUUUAUAUUUGACUUCUCUCAUACCGUAGGCAUAGACCAACUUACCCAUUCCACCCGAUAGCAUCCCCCCCCCCUAUUUUUUUGUUGUUGUCAUUUUUGACGUCUACCAAACGCAAGCCCAGUCCACCAUCUUAGCUAGCCCGCCGUCCGUUGUAAUUAGUCUACUCUAGAUACCAAAGCAACCGUUUAACCCAAGAAAAAAACAUUACCACCAUACGUGGACCUAGUGGCGGAUGAAAAAUUAAUGAAUAUUAAGUAAAGAUUUGACAUUAUCGUCUGAGAGUAUGGCUAUCAAAAUAGUUUGUUUUGUUUCCGGUUUAUUGAGGUCUUCACCUAUAUAUAUAUAUGUUUACAUUUUUAGAAACAGUGAUAGAUUGCACCGCUGAUUUGACGUCAUCAAGCUAUAUUAAUGGUUAUUUAAUUAGUGGAUAUCAUUUAUGACUAGCCGAUAUAGGGUCCAUUCUUUAGUUCCAUAUUUAUAUUAUACCAUUAAAAUGAAUAAAUACACUUAGAAAGUACAUAAGAUCUAUCCAUUCUCUUAUGCAUAUCUAACUCUCCCUAUUCAUUUGAGGACUUGGAAUUAUAUUAAUCACAAUGGUUAUAAUAAAUUUGUUGUUGCCAAUGAAACAAGAGAAUCUCCUUUUUUUCUGAAAGGUUUUUGUUUGGCUGGAAACUUCAUGGAGCACCUUCCCCCCACCGUCCAGAUGGACUCGGCCAAAGCCAUGAUAGAAUGUGGCGUGUCACUUGGGAAGAUCUCAUCUAAUUACACCUUGAGGGGACAUCGGGAUAUGAAAACAACGUUAUGUCCGGGAGACAAGCUGUAUGCCGAGAUCAAAACUUGGCCACAUUACUAAAUUUCCAAUAAAGAAUUAUUUCUGGAG